AUGUUUUUUGUGGAAAUCGGUUUAUAGUCCAGGUUAUCAAUAUGAUUAUGCAGAUAGAGAGCUGCUUGAUGAUGAUGAUGAUGAUGAGGAGGAGGAGGAGGAGGAGGAAGAGGAGGAGGAGGGAGAGGAGGAGGAGGACGAGGAGGACGAGGGAGAGGAGGAGAAGGAGGAGGAGGAUGACGGCGACGACGAUGAGGAUGGUGGUGAUGAUGAUGAUGAUGAUGAUGAUGAUGAUGAUGAUGAUGAUGAUGAUGAUGAUGAUGAUGAUGAUGAUGAUGAUGAUGAUGAUGAUGAUGAUGAUGAUGAUGAUGAUGAUGAUGAUGAGGAUGAUGAUGACGAUGCUGACAGUUCGACCGUUGCAAACAACGAUGCCCACCAUCUACUCAAUGGUGUGAGCGUAGUCCCUACGAAUUGGGAAAAAAUUAGUUUAUGGCGGGGGGGGCAGACUCACACAACAUUUAUCGCGCCCUCUCCUUCCUCGCCCGCCUUGUUCCGAUGCAAGACAAUACUAAGACCACACGACGUAGACGCAAAUCCAAUGCUCGCAAAACUCCAACAGUCCAUCUACAUUUGCCACACGUGACCUCGUCCCCACUACGUGUACCAGGCGACUGUAUGAUUGGAUCGGACCUCACGUCAGCCGGAGGGUCAUAAACGCCACAGUUAGGAGGCCCUAAAGUCUAAAUCUCAAUCCCGAGAAGGGCAGAGUCAUCCCGUCAGUUGGCAACCUUCCAACACACGACUUCUAGCUCAUCAUGGUAAACUUAUACGCACUAGAUUUACUGCGGUGACUGGUCCGCCGAUGUACUGUGAGGAUAGAUUCUCCAGUGUCAAAUCGCUGGUAGUAAAAUUGUGCGCAGUAGCAGUUAUUAUGUUUGCGGACACGGGACGUUCCAUGGCUGUAUUAGACAAGACAGACUCCUUCCAAAAACAAAAGAUUCACUAGAGGAUCGCUAGUUCUAUCUCCCAGAAGCAACACAAGCAGUAAAGACACUGGCAUGCGAACCCAGUACGAAGUUGUGAUACUGGAGAAUCUAGGUGCAAUAACGCUGGUCAACGGACGUAAGGCGCAGCUUCGGUCCGAUUCUAUGACGUCCCAAUGUGCACAGAGGGGACGCUCCUCCCUGGCCCAGUGUAUCAAUUUACGGACUGACAAAGUGGCCGUUUCGACGUCUUAAAUUUCUGACGGCUGAUUCGGAUAUCACAGUCAGCUCUUCAACACAGAUCCUAGCGAAAAUUAAAGGGGUAAGUCUUUUGCCAAACGAGGUCAUGGUGUCUUUUGUUUUCACAUCACCUUUACUUCUAUUCCCCCAGAAUACGGCGGUCGAGACCAUCGAAUCGCUCCUGCAAAGUAAAUACGAUGAAACGGAGAAUCGCCUAAGACACGUUCAAUGCCUCCGGCUCCUGGAGUUCUGUCUGAAGACGUACUUUACGUUCGACGUAACAAUCUACGAGCAGGUGAAAGGCACGCCCACUGGCUCGCCAAUUUCGGGACUCAUAGCCGAGGUGGUCCUGCGAAAGUUAGAUUUUCUGGUCGUUUGGCAUCACAGACCGAAAUUCUUGGCUUUGUAUGCGGACAACACCUUUGUCGUCAUCUUUUAA